GCAAAUCUGAUUUAAGGAUUGCUUGCGCAGCAUCUCGAAGCGGGCAAAGGACGCACACGCACACACACACACACACAUACAGAAGGAAACACGUGUGUGUGAGUGUCAUGCGCAGUGGACACUUUGGUAAUGCCAGCAAAAGAGGCCGCAGCAACAACAUAAAGCUAAGAGACUCUUAAGAGAACAACAGAGUGAGCGUGUGUGUGAGAGAGAGAGAGAGGGAGAAAGACAGUGAGACAGCUACUGAGAUGGCAUUCUCGCGUCACAACAUCGAAAAGCGCCGACUCAUCGAGCUAGUUCGGCUCAAUCCCAUCCUGUGGGACUGCCGUCUGCCGCACUACAAGCGCUCCGACAAGAAGAAGGCCGUCAAAUGGAACGAGCUGGGCCGCAUGUUCAACGUGAAUGGCGAGCGAGUGCAGCGCACCUUCACCUCGCUCAGGGAGAUCUUUCGACGCGAGCUCAAUCACGAGAAGAUGCUGGGCACAACGCGCUUCAAGUCCAAGUGGGAGUACUACGAUGCCAUGGCCUUUCUCAAAGAGGUCAUCAGAGAGCGAAAAUCUCGUGAACGCAUCAAGCAUCCCGUUGCAGAGGCUACUACCCACAACAACAACAACAACAACAGCACAAAUAGCAACAACAACAACACAAAUAGCGUAGCCCACGAUGAAUAUCAAUACUUUGCGCCCAGCGAUCCAAAUAAUCCCAACAAUCAGCCACUCAAAUCACCUGCAAUCCAGCCCAGCAUCAGCCAGCUCCCUGUGGCGCUGCAGCAACAGGCGCAGCAUUUGCAGGCGCUGCAGCUGCAGCCGGACGUGACCCUCACCUCGCUGCAGAAGGCGCCCUCAGCUGUUGUGCUGCCCCUGGCUGUGGCAGCCCCGGCCUGCCCCACGUCCACGACCACGUCCACGCCCAUACCCACGACCACGCCCACAGCGGCUGCACCUGUGCAACUGUGCGGCAGCUCGCGCUCCUGCAGCAGCUCACCUUCGAUUUACAUCAAGGACGAGCCGGAGUCGCCGGACUUGCGCGAGCAGCCCGACGAACUGGUGGCCAGUCGAUCGGGCCAGAAGGCGAAAUUGGCCACAAUUCGACCGCAGACGAAGCAGCAGCUCAAAGCUCGCCUGCAGGUGGCCAAAAGUGGGCUGUAUGCCACGCCUCCGCCGCAUUUGAUCAUCAAUACGAAUAACGAGCUGAUCGAUGUGGAUGCUGGUGACCUGGACGAUGAUGACGAUGACCUGGAGUACGAUGAUGACGAUGACGAUGAUGACCUAGAUGGUAAUCAUCGCGGCGAUUGUCCGCCCAACGCAAAUAUGAAUGUGCUCGGUGCAGGGGGUCGUCUCUCACCCGGCAGCAGCUACACAGGUGCCGGCGCUGCCAGCACACGUCAUCAGCCCACGCACCGCGAGCUGCUCUACAUCAAAUUUGGCGACUUUCUUGCCGCACGACUGAAUACCCUGCACGAAACUGUGGCCAACGAGCUGAUGAACAAGAUCCUACUGCUAAUUGCCGAGAAGUGAAUGGGAAGACUGCAUCAAGAGGGCCAGCAACUGGUCAAGUGGAAGGAGAAAUCAUAGCCGUGCUAAAUAGUUGAACUGAAUGUAAAAUGCGAGGCGUCAAGGCUAUAU